CAUGAGUUGGAAAAUAUGGUUGUAUGGUCAACACGUGUGGGCACGUUAGCUUGUUUAGAGAAUAUUGUUUUAUGGCAGACAGUUAGCAUGUGUUAGGAAUGAUUUAGACAACUAGCUUAUCUUUAUCUCCAUACUUUUAUGGAGCACUUUCACUUUGUAAUGUGUAUAUAUAUUGACCUCCCCAUUUGGAGGAAUAUUGAAAUAAAACUACUCUGCAUCUGACAUGGUAUCAGAGCGUUAAGCUCUUGAGACCUGAACUGAUCUAUCCUAGCUUUCCAUACCAUUUUGUUUUCCGCUGCUAUUACUCAUAUCCAGACCCAGAAAAGAUUACCACUGCCAACUGAAUAUCUAAACUAUCCAACUGCCCACUGCAUAUCUAAACUCUCCCACUACCCACUGCCAGAACUGCUCUAUAGCUUGCUGCUACCGUCUAACUGAUCCAAUCCUCUUCUCUUUACCAAACUCUUUCUCUCCGUCUCUUUUUUCUACAUUCCCAUAACUUUAUAUUAUCUUAUUUUAUCUUUUCCACAUUCCCACAUGCCCAUCAUUCUUUACUUUUCUCUUUCCCAUAAACUAUAUUAACCUUUUUCUCCUUUUCCCAUAAUUUUUUAUCUUUCUAUUUCCCAUCCGAGACAACCUUGUCUCCCUUUUCAAACCAAAGUUUUUUGAAUAAUAUUCUUUAUUCAUUUACCUAUGGCUGGUGAUAAAUUUGAAAACUUCCAAAUUGCUCCUGAGAAAUUGACUGGAAGAGUCAAUUAUGAUUCCUGGGCUCAUGCUGCUCGCAUGACCAUAGCCAGCAAGAAGAAGCUCGGCUAUAUUACUGGUACCAAGAAAGCUCCUAAACAGGAAGAUGUUGAUGCCUAUGAAGAUUGGGAAGAAGAAAAUUGUACUGUUCAAACAUGGCUUCUCAAUGCCAUGGAAAAACAUGUCCGUGCUCUGUUCGAUCGUCUUGCUACUGCCAAAGCAAUCUGGAAUGCUGUAGAGAAAACUUAUUCUGUGGGUAAUAACUCCUCAAAGAUUUAUGAGUUGACCAAGAGAUCUGUCAACACCGUGCAAGCAGGACGCACCCUGGAGGCUUAUUAUGAGGAAUUGCAAAUCAUUUGGCAAGAACUUGAUUCUAUCAAUCCACCUCAAAUCAAGAAUGAAAUUGAUCUCUGCACUCAUUUGGUAACUGUCACAAAUUUCCGUGUAUAUAUCUUCUUGGCAGGGCUGGAUUCACAUCUUGAUGCAGCCCGUGCAUAUGUGCUCCGCUCUGAUCCUCUUCCUGAUGUCUUAGAAACUUAUGCUAUGAUUUGUGAAGAAGAUGUCCGACUAAAAACCAUGUGGAGUGAAGAGAAGACUAGUGGAAGUGCCAUGGCUGCACGCAAGGGAUUCCAAGGACCAGAUCGUGAUCGUACUUCUUUUGCACACCCUCCUAAACCAGCCUUUGCUUCAAAACCAGUCAUUGAGAGAUCCUCUGCACCGUUACAGUCCUCUGUCAAGCACAAUGGAUCAUCUCCUACUAAAGAUGAGCACAAAUGUACUUAUUGUGGUAAAAACCAUACUAUUGAUAAGUGUUGGAAACUUCAUGGACGACCUGCAUGGGCUGAUGAUUUGAUUGCCCAGAAACAUAGAAGCAGUGCUGCUCAUGUCACCACUCAAACCACUGGGGAUGAAUCAGGUGAUGUAACCACUAAGGAGGCCAAGCAAGGAUCUUCACACUCAGGAGGAGGUGGGUCGUGGUUUUAGGAGAGGGGAUUUAUGGUACUUUCAUGGUUCAAA